AAAUGGAGACAACAGCACAGGAAAAGAAGCAUGCAGGGCAUAAGAAGUCAAAGCACACAGAGCAGGUGGACCAGCACUUUACUGAUGUGCACGGUCUGCCUUGCAUUGAGAAGAUUGUGCGCUCAGUUGAGGAAACUCCUGAGCCAAUUACAACCAAUAUCAUCGGCAAAAUCCCAGAGUGGAUCAACGGGAACUUCCUCAGAAAUGGACCUGGAAAGUUUGAGAUUGGGAACCAAAAGUUUAAUCACUGGUUUGAUGGCAUGGCUCUACUACAUCAGUUCAAAAUUGCAAAUGGUGAAGUGACCUACAAAAGCAGAUUCCUGUCUAGCAGCAGCUACCAGGCCAACAAUGAAACCAACCGUAUUGCAGUAUCUGAAUUUGGAACUCUGACUAUGCCGGACCCCUGUAAAAACUUCUUCCAGCGCUUCCUGUCUCGAUUUGAGCUUCCAAAGCCAACGGACAAUGGUAAUGUGAGCUUUGUGACAUAUAAAGGGGAUUAUUAUGUAAGCACUGAAACCAACUUUAUGCACAAGGUCGACCCAGAGACACUAGAGACGAUCCAAAAGGUGGAUUGGAGCAAAUUCAUAGCUGUAAAUGGAGCCACUGCGCACCCUCACACAGAGCCUGAUGGCACCACUUACAACAUGGGGAACUCCUACUCCCCUAAAGGGUCACAUUACAACAUCAUCCGAGUCCCUCCAACCAAGACAAGUGAAGAGGAAACUCUAGAGGGCGCCACAGUCCUCUGCUCUAUCCCCUCAAAGGACAAAAGCAAACCCUCGUACUACCACAGCUUUGCAAUGUCCGAGAACUAUGUGGUGUUCAUUGAGCAGCCGAUUAAAAUGGACCUGAUGAAGAUCGUGACAGGGAAGCUGACAGGAAACAGCAUCAGUGACAGCAUUUAUUGGGACCCAAAGCUCAACACCAUCUUUCAUGUUAUCAACAAACAGACUGGAAAAGUGAGCUCUGUCAAAUACUUGGCAAAGCCAUUAUCUACAUUUCAUCAAAUCAACGCUUAUGAAGAAGGUGGCCUUUUAAUCCUGGACAUGUGUGUGUCUGACGAUGGCAAAGCAAUCAAUAACUACAAUGUGCAAAACCUCCGCAAAAGUGGAGAGGCUCUUGACGAGGUGUACAACACACUUUGCAGAGUCUUCCCAAGGAGAUUUGUUUUACCUCUCAAUAUAGAAAAUGACACUCCAUAUGACCAGAAUUUGAACAACCUUCCCGGCAGCACUGCAACUUGCAUUAGGACUUCAAAACACAAGGUGUUUUGUACUCACGAGGACUUGCACGGGGAGGAGCUGCAUCAGUACGGAGGCCUGGAGUUCCCUCAGAUCAACUAUGGCCAGUACAACACCCACCCGUACCGCUACUUCUACGGCUGUGGCUUCAGGCACCUAGUGGGCGACACCCUGAUCAAGAUGGAUCUGCAAGGGAAGCACAUGAAGGUGUGGGAGGAGCCAGGUCUGUACCCAUCUGAGCCCAUCUUUGUCCCUUCACCUAAUCCUACAGCAGAGGAUGAUGGGGUCGUUCUAUCUGUGGUGAUUACUCCAAAUGAGGACAAGAGCACGUUUCUUCUGGUCUUAGACGCUCAGACAUUCAAUGAAGUGGGUAGAGCUGAGGUGCCAGUCAAUAUUCCCUAUGGUUUUCACGGGGCAUUUAACAACAAAGCAUAAUUGUUCACAAAUUUAAAUCUUUUCAGACCUUUUAAUUGAUGUGCAGUUUUAUGCAUUAUGUAUUUCUUAUUGACAUUCUGUUUUUAUUCUUUGUGUGUAUGGUUUUGUUGUAAUGUAUUGUUGUAAAUAUGUUGGUAUUUCUUAUUUAACUGAAGACAGAGGAAUGUGUAAACUCCUUAAAGCACCAACCUUACAGACAAUGAUUAAGCUGAGGUAAAUAUCUGGUUCAUUUUAAGUUCAGCUGAUUGUAUGAUAUGGCAGUUGAUAAUCAAUUGAACCGAUUAGGGAAAAAGACUGACAAGAACAUAGAUUGUACAUAAUAAAAGUGUGUUUAUGGCCAAAUCAGUGUACUACUUCAUCAGUAUUGUCUCAAUAAAGUUAGUGUUAAUGUAAAUGC